CGUCGCGGGCGGCUCCACCUCUUCUUUCCAUUCUUUCUUUUUUCCCACGGUCGUGGGCGACUCCACUUCUCCGGUUCUCUCCCUCACACCCAUACCAUCCGCCCCCGCUCCGCCUCGUUAGGGUUUCUCUGGGUUUUUGGACCGUGCCGCCACGCUCCCCGCGUCCGCCGGAUCGACACCAUGGCCUUCGUCGCGCCCGCUGCCAUGUUGCGGAUUUACUGCAGACGCUCUCCCUGGUGGAUCCCAAGAGCGAAGGCGGCAAGGGCCCAAAGACGAAUGACAAGGCGUCGGGAGGGCGGAAUGGUGUGUCCAAGGGUGAGGUGGUGUCUCUGAACCCUCUAGCGUCCUCCACAGAGCCAUGGGCGCAGCAGGAUUACAAGGAUGCUGCCAUGUACUAUGGUGCCUACCCUGGAGCUUACUACUGUGGAGGUUGGGGUGAUUAUUCCAUCUACGUGAGCCAGGAUGGAGGGGAUGCACUUUCCCCUGGUGUUUAUGGGGACAUGUACUGCUAUCCUCAUUAUGGUAUUGCCGAUGGUCAGAUUUAUGGAUCACAGCAUUGCCAGUAUCCAUCCACAUACUACCAGCCAAAGACUACUGCCAGCAAACCAGUAUACAAGGCUAAAACUGGCAAAUCAUCUCCUUUGAUACAAGAAGAUGUUUCUACUGUGACUACUGCUGAUCAGCAGCCUGUGUUGUUGGAUUCCUCCAAAACCACUCUGAAAAGCAUUGAUGGUGUAAAAGGUCUGAAGAAGGAAACUUUGCCUCUGAAACCAAAUGGCUGUUUUGGUAAUUACCAGAAUCAAGGUAGCAAAACAGCUUACCCAGGGUCUGGUGGCCGUACCUCUUCAGAAAAGUAUCUGAAAUUCUCAGGUGGGAGUCCUACAUCGACGGUCUCUAAUAAUAAGGGCUUGCAUGGGCAGAACUCUUCGAUGGGGCUACCAUCUGCUGGGUUCACGAGUUCAGUGUACUCUGGUAGUGGAAUGUACAACACAAACACUUAUGCACCUAGCUUUUGGUAUGGUUCUCAUGUCUAUGGUCCUGGGUUGUAUGGUGGGUGGAAUGCGUUUUCGAAUGGGAAGUACAGGCCAAGAGGAAAAACCUACGGAUCUUAUGGUUUUGGCAAUGAAAACUUGGAUAGUUUGGAUGAGUUGAAGCGUGGACCGAGAAGUAGUCUGUUUAAAAAACAACAGGGUUCUGGAGCAGCUGUUGAUUCCAAAGGACAGGAGCCUCCCAACAGUGAUGGCUCUAAUGCUGUUAAGCAGGAACAGUACAACCUUGCUGAUUUUUGUGAAACCUACUCAGAUGCCAAAUUUUUUAUUAUUAAAUCAUACAGUGAGGAUAAUGUUCACAAGAGCAUUAAGUACAAUGUUUGGGCAAGCACCCCUAGUGGAAAUAAAAAGCUGGAUGCUGCUUAUCAAGAGGCUAAGGAAAAAUCAAGCAGUUGUCCUGUGUUCCUGUUGUUUUCUGUUAACACCAGCGGACAGUUUGUUGGUCUGGCUGAGAUGGUGGGUCAGGUUGAUUUUAACAAGACAGUUGAAUAUUGGCAGCAGGACAAGUGGGCUGGUUGCUUUCCUGUCAAGUGGCACAUUGUGAAGGACAUUCCUAACAGCUCAUUGAAGCACAUCAUUCUUGAGUAUAAUGAAAACAAACCAGUUACAAACAGCAGAGAUACGCAGGAGGUUAAGCUUGACCAAGGCCUUCAGGUUUUAAAGAUUUUCAAGGAUCAUGCCAGCAAGACAUCCAUCUUGGAUGACUUUAGCUUUUAUGAUGACCGUGAAAAGAUAAUGCAGGAGAAGAAAUCAAAGCAUCAGCAUCCAGUUGAGGUCAUGAAUAGAAAGUUGGCAGCCACCAACAUUGCUGAAAAUCAAGCUACUGAUGGGAAGCAGAGUGUGUAGAAACCUGAGGCCGUAGGGGAACAAAACGCCGUGGUGGAGAAUGGUGUGGAGGCAAUAGCUGUUAAUGGUGUCGCCCCCAGAAGAUAUUAAGCCAACAGCUGAAGAGGCGGCCAUUGCAAAUGGCUGUUAAUUUUCACUGCAUGCCAUCAGCUAUUGGAGCCUGGUCCAAGGAGACACCUUUUGUGCCACAGAAGCGUUGGUGUUCAAGUCAUUCAAGAUUCUGCUAUGUUUUUUUCUCUCUUUGUUUUUCCUUUGCAAUGAUGCUUGGUUGCAGAAGGGUGCAGUCUAAGGCAAUUCUGUAUCCUGCUAGGUUUCUCGAUGCAUUGUCAUUUAAGGUGGUUAGAUGGAUAUUAGCUGUUCUUAUUCCAUCGAGUUCUGUCCUUUGUCUUGUCGUUUGGAGUUGUACUUAGGCGUGGAGAUGUGAAAGGCCCUGGUUCGUGGGCUCAUGGCAUUGGAUUAGAUGAACUGAAUUGGAGCUCCAAUUCAAACACAUGUGGAAAUAGAAAUGAGGUCCAGUUGUGGAUUUUGAAGCGAAUGGUAAUGGUUUUGAUCUUUUGGGCUA